UUGAUGUUUGCCAAGAAAUAGAAUUUCAGGACGUAUAUAGUAUACAUUUCUCUGACAUUAAAUUUACCUAUUGAAACCUAUUGAUCAUACAGAUAAUAAAUAGAAACCCUUUAAAUCCUAUAGAACCACCAGGAGCCCUUCAAAAUAAUGACCCCUUAGAAAACCUGAUAGGUCCUCAUAGGUUAUGAGGACUGCAUAGAAACCUUUAGGUUUACUUGGAAAGCUAAAGAACCCUUCUAGAUAUAUUGGAAACUAUAGACCCCAUAGAAUAUCUAUAGACCAUAUAGGUUCAGUGGCUGUCCAUAUGGAAUGAUCCUUUCAUCUGUGGGUGGGGAUAGAGAAUCUAGAGCCCUAUUGAGAUAUUUUCAGCUCACACAGUGGGAAUGUACUCAUAAAUUCCGCAAUUUUUUCUGAAUUUAAGUUGCUAUUUUUUCCAAGUUCCCAACAAUUAAUUAGUUUUGUGUUGAAUUAUUAGUCAUAGGUAAUUACUUUUAGUGUUCAUUCCUGCAGUAAUGCAGGUGCGUAUAUUAGUGUGACAGAAAAGGAGGGGUGCAAGGGGUUCCGGAGAUCAAGAGGAGUUUGUGAGAGUUGCAGAGACUGGGAGGAGAUGUAGAGCACAGAGGGAAGGAUGUAGGAACCACAGACAGUUACAAAGGAAGGGAGAACUGUGGGGCCCAGACGCUGGAGUGGAAUUACAGAUGGGGAGGGUGUAAGGCCAGGGGAGGUAACGGAGAUGGGCAGACUUGUAGGGGCCGGAGGAGGUAACAACAGUGAGGAGGAGGACUGGUUAUUAGGACCGGUCUUGACGAAGGGUCUCGGCCUGAAAGGUUGACUGUGCACUGUUUUCCAUAGAUGGUGCCUGGCCUGCUGAGUUCCUCCAGCAUUUUGUGUGCAUUGCUUCCCAGCAUCCGCAGAUUUUCUCUUGUUUGGUGAUUAGGGUUGGGGGGUGGUCACAGAGAUAGGGAGAGGAGUGUGAGUUUCCUGACAUUAAAUCUGGUUUCUGGUCUGGAUUCCAGUCUGUGAGAGGGGGGAAUGGGUAGCAUUCCGAGUAAGAGGGUCCGUACCUCAGGGAGGAGGGGCCGAUACCCACAUGUGACCUCAGGCGAGGAACCAGAAGAGGGACCGUUAGAAGUUGGAGGUGUCUCCAACGUGCUGCUACGCCUGACAGACGCCGAGCUCUGCCGGGUCACAACCUUCUACCAGAGUCGCCUGGAGGAGGUCAUGACCUCCAGCACGCAGGACCUCAUCACUACCCUCUCCGAAGCCCCCGCCUUCAAGGAGGAGCUGAAGAUUGUGAAGAAGCGGCUGCUGAUCGGCCAGAAGAGGGUUCGGCUGGAUGGGCUGCUGAAGGUAGCAAUGGAGGCGGGUGGGAGCAAUGUGAGGGAGCUGUGGAAGGCCCUGGGACAGGUCUCUGUCCGAAACCCGGCCCUACAGGACAUCCUGCAGGAGGUGCAAGCGAGAGGUCCUGGCCUCCUGUUUUACAUCACCUGGAACUCACUGAGUGAGAAACUCCCGAACUACAUGGAAGUGAUCCAGCAAGCUAGCCUCCGCCACCGCAGGGAUGUCCUGCACCAGCUCGAGCUGCUCUGGGCUGCUGGGUCUCAUGACCCAUGGCCCAGCCCACGCCCUGAGGACUACCCUGACUUACUGGCCAUCUCCCAGCCCACCGAGCCCAGCUUCAGCCCCGGGAUGGGGGAGGGAUCUGAGAAUGUAAGAGUGCGCCCCCUUGACCCCCGUCUCCACCUCUUCCCCCCAUUCUCCAGCCCUGGGAGCCCUGGGUGUCUGACUCUGCUGACUGGAACUCCAGGGAUCGGCAAGACUGCCUGCCUGCGGAACCUGGUGUCCGAGUGGGCCUCCAGUCCCUCUGUCUACCCCGAACUCCACUUCAUCUUCUACAUUGAGUUCCUAGCACCCGGCCCAGAGCUCAGCCUGACGGCGAUGGUGCUAAAACUCUACCCUGGCCUCGCACCCCUGCUCACCACCCUCUACUCCUGCCCCCAGGCUCUGGCCUUUGUCUUUGAUGGUCUAGAGAGACUGGAUGCCUCCCCACUUCCCCCCGAGAGGCCUGAGGCCGUGCCUGAGGUCACGCCUGAACAUAGCAUGCCUGCCUGGCAAAUCCUCUUCUGGUUAGCCCACGGACACCUGCUGCCUGGCUGCCAGGUGCUCCUGUCUGCCCGGCCCCACACCGCUGAGCCCUUCCUCCUGCUCCGGCCUCGGCUGUGGGCUGAGGUGCGGGGCCUGCGCCCCGAGGCCUGGCAAGCUCACCUAUUGCGCUCCUUCUCGCAAGAACCCGAGGCCGGGCAGCGGCUCCUAGCUCGCUUAUUAGUCAGCCCGCUAUUGAAGAGUCUUUGCUCCAACCCAGCCUACUAUUGGCUGGCUUCCCACUGCCUGGCUCCCAGAGCCAAUGGGCAGGGCAAGGAGGAGGAGUGUGAGGAAAUGCCGGCCACCACCACCGAGCUCUUGGCUUGUUACCUGCGCUGGGCUCUGAGCCAGGAGGGCCGUCCGCUUCUGCCGGCCCAGGGCCUAAGGAGCCUCCUCUGCCGCAUUAGUGUUGUGGCCUUGCGUUGUCUGGCCGAUGGCGGACGGCCCUUCCAGCCAGCUGAGUGGGCCCUGCAACCUGCUGAGCUACCACCAGGCCUAGCCCAUCCCGCUGCCACCAGCAAUGGCGCCUACUCCUUCCGCCAGCCCCCUGUGGCCGAAUUCCUGGCAGCCCUGGCUCAGUUCCUGGGCCCCCACUCUUGGGAGGCACAGAGGGAGACCCGGGAGGCCACAGUCAGGGACGGGCGGUAUGCGGGCUUCCUGUAUUACACUGCUGGUCUGAGCCGCAAGGCGGCCACCCAGCUCCUUUUGCCCCUGCUGGGGCCCCUGUCCCGUCGCUCAGUUCACGGUGCUCUGCGAUGGCUGGAUAGACUGAGCCAGGACGGGGCAGGCUGGGUUACAGAAGGUGGCCAACGUGGUCUGCUGGAGCUCGCCCGCUGUCUCCACGAGGCCCGCCGUCGGCGGCUGGCCCUACGGGCUGUGACUGGCUUGUCUGGCAAAAGGCUGGAGCGGUCGGGGGAACUGCCAAAGGCCAGGAUGGACGCCCAGGACUGUGCUGCCCUUGCCUAUCUCAAGGGCCUGUCUGGGAGCACUGACGUCUAUGACUUCAGUGGCUGCUGGCUCGGUGCCGUGGGGCUCCACAUGCUGAUGCCAACCCUACUCCACUGCAAGAAGCUCGGCCUCACCUGCAACAACCUGGGUGAUGAGGGAAUGAGAAUCCUCGCCAUUCUCCUUCGUGACCCCGAGUGUCAAAUCACCCAUUUAGAUCUGACCCAGAAUGAACUCACCCCAUCCUGUGUCCCAGACCUGGCAUCAGGAAUCUUUUCCCUCCGAGGACUCAGCCUCAGUGAAAACUACUUGGGUGAUGAUGCUGUCCAAGAGCUCUGUGAGGCCCUCUCUGGUCCUUCAUGUCGUUUGGAGGUGUUACAGUUGACGAGGAACAGGCUGACCAGCGCCAUUGUCCCCGUCCUCUGUAAACUACUGAGUGUUUGCGACCGACUCCACUGGCUCAGCCUGGAUGAGAACAGUGUGGGGGACGAGGGGGUGAAGGAUCUUUCUGCCAGUCUCAGCACAUCAAGACUCCGUAUGCUAGGACUCUCCUCCAAUGGACUCACAGAUGCCUCUGUCCCAGAACUGGUCAACGCACUUGGGGUCCAAAGGUCCAUCCGCCACCUGAAGCUGUCAAACAACUUGAUCACCGACACCUCCCUGCCCCACAUCUCCAAUCUUGUCAAAACCUGCCAUCGGCUGCAGAAACUUCGUCUGAGUACAUUACAUCACUUGCACCUAGGCCGGCAUGCAGAUGCAGAGAACAAUUUGGAUGACGUAUGGUAUAUAGGAGGUUUACUUACAAAACCAAUGCAUUAUUGGAAUAAAAAAGUUUAAUGCAACUGUACAGGGCCAAGAUCAGUCUGCAUUUGAGUAUCAUAGGGGGACUAGUUACCUGUAAGUCGAAAAAUGCUUCUACCACGUCGAUCAUCAAUUGGCCUGUUUGAAGAAUGCAGCAGCUCUUUCCCUGUGGUUGCCUUGUGUGCCAUGGCACUGGUGUCUGGUUUCAAGCACCUCUAGGGUAUAAGAAUAGCACAUGCUGGAGGCUCGGCCUCUUUUCUUUCAUCCCUGAGGCCUGCUGCACACUGAGAUGGCACCCAGUGCUGAAGAACCAUUGGGAAAGUAUGCUGCAGAUAGGAGGGCCCUCGCACACUCUUAGCAAAGUAUCUGUUUGUUAAAUGUUUAGUUUUGUAGUUUGUGUAAUUUGGGGAGGGGGCUUUGAUGUUUGGUAGACUGUUUUACUGUUUGUGAAAAAAAUAUUAAUAUACUUAGUCGUAAUCAGUGCCUUCUGUCUCACUUACCAAACCCAUGAACCAGCUUUCUCGCGACAUUGAGUUACGGCUACCUUUCCAUGAAAGAGAUAGAGGAAGUACAGAGAAUAUGAUGCCAGGCUGGCAGGUUUUAUGUAUGAGAGGCUGAGCAGACUGGGAGAGGAUUCCUUACAGUUUAGAAUGGGUGGCAAUCACGUCAUAACAUAGAGUUCUGAAAGUGCUUGGUAUGAGGGCACAGACCAGACUGGGACUCCAGUGGGUACCAGCACCCGGUGUUGCGUGGGUAGCAGGCUCCGGGCAUGGGGAGCUACUAACCUCCUGUUGUGGCUUAACCGAAGGAUUUAGAUGAAGGAAGCUGUGAGCACAGGAGAUAAUCUGCUGAGAGUUGCAACCCUAGAUGAAAUAUAACAAAUUAAUUCUUUUUAAUCUUCACUCCCAUGAUCUGGGCAUCACCUGUAAGACCAGCAUUUAUUGCCGGGUCCAUUCUGUCUGUACUGCUCUCCUCGAGUGUGAAGUAGGAAGUAUACCUUGACACGGGAGUCAGGAUAUAGUGAUAAUAUACUGGUGCUUUAUUGGGCAGCACUCACAUGUAUAAUGGAAUUGGAGUAAAACUGAGAGAGAACCAGAAAAAGUAUCAUAAGUACUUAAUGCAGCAAAACUUACGAUGAUUAAGUGACACAUUCAUAAGAAGUUAGGCAUACAUGAAGCUUGACUUACAUGUAAAAUAACCAAAAAUUAUACACAACAUGAGUAAACAAAGUUUUAAUGUUUGUGAGAAGAUUAAUAUGUAAGCAUUCCUUAAAUUACCAAGGCUAGUUAAACACUACAUUGAUAAUCAGGAAUAAACUUUUCCACAAUAUUAAGUAAAAUAUUGCUCAGAUAUUGUGCUUCUUUAUGAUGUAAAACAACACUUACAGAUGAUUUCGAUUGAACAAAUUAAAGAAAGGCCACAAAGAAUCAUGUAUAUGUGCUUCAGUCUGACGAAAA